UUGUGCUAAACUUGUUAUAAAAGACGGAGACUCGUAUAUACUAAGUGUUAAAGCUGAAGACAUAAUGAACAAUAGCUUAGUUGAGAAGAGAACUGUUUACAUAGACAGUUCAGGCCCAAUCAUAGAACAUAUUUGGCUUACCAAAGAUGGCACAGAACAAUUAUGUUCAUGAUAGCAAGGACCUGUCGAAGAUGAAACUGUCUUUUGAAACCUUUGACCCACACAGUGGUAUUAGGUCAAUAGAAUGGUCGUUUGGAACAAAUGAUGUUGGACAACAUCUAGGAAGCGGGAAAAUCAGGGUCAACAAACUAAAAUCAGACAGAUGUCCGAGCAACAGCAGCAAAUGCUACUGUCCAGACAUUGGUGAAUGUGAGAAAACGUUGUACACAAUUGACUUGAAUAAACUAGUUAACAACAAUACACAUAUGGGAGAUCAUAACCGGAACCAUUUCUUCACCGUUACUGUGUAUAAUAAUGCCAGAUUACGAAACGUUGAGCAUCUAGAUAUUCUUGUAGAUGAGUCCCCUCCUGAGAGCGGUGUUGUAUUUGAGGGUGCAGUCGGUGGACCCGAUAUUGACUACACAAGCGACAGCGAUUUUAUUGUUAGAUGGCACGGAUAUUUAGAUCACGAAAGCGGAGUUAAGAUGUACAGAAUUGGAAUUUCCGAUAAAUGUCUCAGCCAAGAACAUUUUCAUUCUAACAACAAAUCAUUUAAAGCCAUUCAAUUCUUCGAAACGCUGCACACCGAAACCCCUAUCAAAGUACAAGCCAAUUUCACUGGAAAAGUGUAUGCAACGGUUUUAGCGAUAAACAACGCAAUGCAAUCAUCUACUCCCGUUUGCUCUGAUGGAAUUACAAGAGACAUCUUACCACCAAUUCUUCAAAAUAUUAGUAUUGAACACGCAAAAUGGUCAGAAUCGAUGUUUUGUUUGAAUGGACAAGCAUGGCUUUUCGACUCCGAAUUAAAUAAAAUUCCUCUUACAGGCAAAAUUAUCUGCGAAGAUCGCUGUUUUAACGAUACUAUUGGUAUCGAAAUGUUCAAUAUAUUGCCAGAAUUGCCUAACUCGAACAAUGACACGGAUAUAGAAGAAUUCAUAUGCAAGCGUCUCCCUCUGUUGAACUCGAAAACAAUUAUAUAUCUUCCUAACGACCAUGUCUCUAUAAAAUGGGAUGUUCAAGAAAGCUUAAGUCAAAUCGAAAAUGUCUUCGUGGGAUUCGGAAAGUCGCCAGGGGAGAAAUCUGCUCCAUCGAUGCAAAAGUAUAAAUCGAGCAAUGGCAGUCCAUAUUUCAAAGUUCACCACCUUGGCGUGGGGUCAGACGAUGAAUUUUACAUAUUCAUUAAGGUACAAAACAAGGCAAAAAAAGAAAAUACUAUUAUUCUCGGCCCAAUUAUUAUAGAUGAAACACCACCGCUGUACACGAAGAAACCACUUGUUUCUACCGAUAACGAAAAGCUGACAAUUAGCUGGGGCGAAGAUCAGUUUUACGAUAUUGAACAGAAAGAGAAAAUUGACCAGAUUUUCUUCCAAUUUGUUCAAGGAUCUAAAAAAGUUUCUCCUCUUCUUGAAUGGCGUAAUGAUGCUUCGGAAGAUUGUAAAAGCUUACCAAGUGACUGCAUUUCUUAUCCACUUAGAAGACUUCAAAAGAAGGAUACUGAGCUGGGACUAGACUUUGCAGUGGAUGUUUUCAUUUACAAUAGAGCAGGCCAUUUUACAAAAUUGCAGACCGAUCCAUUCAAAAUCCCUUCAAGAUAUCCUCCUGGCGAUGGUGUUGUUCAUGAUAUUGAUCCUGCAAAAACUUCAAGUAAGAUAGACAUCAAUGUUCACUUUACAGAAAAGAAAUUGUGUGUUCGCUGGACAGGAUUUAGACAUCACGAGAAUGUCUCGUUAGAUAUUGGAGUGGGUACAAAUGUAGCAAAAGACAACAUUCUUGCUUUUGAACAUGUAAGACCAGAUCGGCCACUGUAUUGUCUUACAUCGGAAAAAUUUAUGUAUGGCGUACGUUAUUUCAUGUCUGUCCGUGCUUCGUGCUCAGGUGGCACGACUGUGUCUAGUUCAAACGGAGUGUUAAUUGUCGAAAACAAGACUUUAAUAAGGAAGUCUGAUAUAAAACUUGGUCAUAGAAGUGUAUCUAUUGUAAAACAUAUUCGCUUUCUAAAUUCUUCCUUUGCUGAAGUUUGUUCAGAGACACAUUUGGAAAUUGGUUCUCUGUAUUUGAUGACUGUUGAAACUAAUUCAGAUGAAUUAACUAUGAAUUCAAGUGAGGCAAUUGUUAAACCUGAUACGAUGCAGUUAUCAUAUCGCGAUAUGAAAACAUAUGUAAUAACUCCGUAUGUGGAUCAACCAUGUUUUGAAAUAUAUGGAAUAAAUGUAACUAACACACGCAUCAGUAUUAUCGAAAAACAUAGACAAGGCUACGUAACGACGAAAAACAGCCUCUCUGUUUACAUUGAAAAGAAUAGUAACAUUACAUUAUUGCUUCCAAAAUGGGAACUUCUGGAACAUAAAUGUGUGACCCAUGACGCAUCUUGUACACAGUUAAUCGCUAAAUCAGAUAUUGUUGAGUUUUACUACACUUUUCAAAAUAUUAGGUUGGCUGAGAACAAAACAUACUCAGUUGGUGUAAAAUUAUGUACACCUGUAAGUUGUUCAGAAAUAAUACAGUCAGACAAGUUUGUCUUUGAAAACUCCAUAACUAUUGAUUCUGCCGUCAAAGCAGGGAUCAUAAUGGACGGCAAUGGUAAAGAUAUGAUUGUAAACAUUGCUUUAACACCAUUUGUGGCACCAAGUGGUAUCGUUUUAUAUCAGUGGGUUCUCAGCAAAGACGCAGACGGUAACCACGAAACUGAUCAAUGGAAGAUAAUUCAAAAUAAGGAGCAAGCAAAUAUGUCGAUGACUGAAUUUAUUCAUUUGCCAGUUCAUUCUCAUUCGACACUUUAUUGUUGUGUGAGGGCGUAUUCAUACGCUGGAAAUAUGAAAAUAGCUUGUACAAGACCAGUUUUUCAUUCGAGAGGAAUUCAAGAGACGAAUACAGUAUAUGAUAUGGACGCAUCUGCAGAUACUUGGAAAAGAAUAUUAGAAAUGAUCCACAGCUCUAGUUUAGGACGCAAAACAGCUAUACUACAUGAUGCUGAGCUUAACUUUGGAACAAGAGAUACAAAGAUAGCAGCUGCAGUGUUAUAUGCAUCCCAGAGGAACGUCACGUGGUAUUUAAUGUCGGCCAGACGUAUUCCAGCAUUUGGUCAAUGUCAAAGAGACACCGAAUGUAUAACUUCUCAAGCAAGCGUGGAUGGAUACAUUUUGUUUCAAAAUACAGAUAUUAUAAUGAACAACCUUUAUUUCAUUUGUGCCUCUUCUGAAGCCGCUGAAAUAUAUAGGGAAACAUAUACCGAGAAUGUUCCUGAAAUCAGCUCAUGCAGUAACGGAUUCAUCUUGGACGACACCCCUCCUUCUGGGGGACAGGUAUAUGUUGAUAACACUGGAGGGUUUGUGAAUGACGUAAGCGACAUACGUAUCACAUUGGGCGGUUUCAGUGAUAACAUAGAUGCAUCGGUUCUUGGAUAUGGAGAAAACCUACAGUACUAUUCCUACGCUAUUGGUUCCUCGUCUCUAAGUGCGGAUAUUCAGAAUUUUACAAACGUUGGCCAUGUACAAAGAAUCACAGCACAAUUAAAUAAUACCAAAGACGGGGCAACUUUAGUUGUAUUCAUUAAAGCAACUGCCUGGUCCGGACUAUCUUCGACAAUACAUUCUAAAGAACUUGUUGUAGAUAGUUCGCCACCAACAACAGGCUAUAUUGUAAUUGACAAUGUGCGAAAUGUUGAUGGUUUUAUUAGUUCAGACUAUAUUGACCUAUAUUUGGCUGAAUUUAUCGAUACGGAAAGUGGGAUAGCUUACUUUGAGGUGUGUCUGGGGACACAGUCAAGGGUUUGCGAUAUCACUGAACCAGAUCAGUUUGAUAACGAAUAUAUUCACUUGCAGCUGCCACGAAACUUAAGUGAUGGAAAUCUUUAUUUUAUCAACGCAAGGGCUGUGAACAGGGCUGGGUUGAAAUCAGAAAUAGCAACAUCACAGUUUAUUAGAGAUAUGUCUCCACCGACUGGGGGAUAUGUUAUAGAUGGCCACUGGAUGCAUCAGAAUGACCAAGACUUCCAAAAGGACCUUCACGUACUCGCCGGACAUUGGAGAGGCUUUUCUGAUCCUCACAGUGGCAUGCAACAUUACAGGGUGGGUUUAGGGACAAAACCUUAUAGAUACGAUGUAGAGACCAUGGUUGAAGUUGGUCUUCAGACAGAUAUGGCAUGGAACGGAACAUUUAUUACUGGCCAAAAGUACUAUAUCACUGUUGAUGCAUGUAAUUCUGCGGGACUGUGCACCUCUUUUAGUUCAGAUGGUAUUCUUCUAGAUAAUUCUCCACCUAUUACAGGCGUUGUAAAAAUUGGCUCUGGAAACGCGCACUUAAAGUUUAUACCACAACGAACAUCUGUUCAUAUUCAAUGGAUGGGAUUUGAAGAUCCGCAGUCCGAUAUCAACCAUUACGAAUAUUGUGUUGGGACUAACCCCUACUCUUGCGAUAUUUUCCCACUAUCUUCUGGUCUUCUUCAGUCCCACAUUAUACGGACAGGUCUGAAUCUUCCCGUCGGAUUGAAAUUGUAUGCGGUGGUAAAAGCUUUCAAUUGGGCUGGUAUGAGUGUCAGCCAAACAACAGACAGCUUUCAGGUUGAUAAUACACCGCCGAUAAUUCUUGAUAAACCAAACUUUCACUCUAUUGGGCAUCAUGAUACUUCAAUGAACAAAGACGUAGAGUGGGACAAAUCUCUUCUUAGAGUUUCCUGGAAGUUCAUUGAUUCCGAUAGCCCAAUUGUUGAACACAUUAUUUCCAUAAAAACUCACCACGACGGUCAUACACCAAUUGAAAAUGUUGCGAUUGGCAAUGUCGACACUUUAUUAAUUAAUCUUGACAAGGAAAAUUGGUUACGUGAUGGCGACAAGUAUUUUGGUUGUUGUCACAUGUUGUAA